UUGGAUGAGAAACCGUGUGUUCAUACUUGUGCAGUUCUUGAUAGCAAGAAUUUUAAGAAGGGACCAUAUUGCUCUGAUCUUUACAAGCCAAAAACAAUCUUGCGGACAUAUGAUCUUCCAGUUUAUCCUUUACCACACAAAGAUGACUGGAUAAUUCCUAAGGAAAUUUUGGAUGAGGUAGUUCUGCCACCAAAAUACAAGGGACCCCCUGGAAGACCUCCAAAGAAGGAUCGUGGAAAGUCCAGAAAAGAUAUGUUUGGAAAGAAAAAUAAAAAUUAUUGUGGUUCGUGUGGAUGUAAAGGGCAUAAUGAGCGUUCAUGUAGGAAAUACAACAAAUGA